AUGUAUGUUUCGUCGAAAAAGGUGUCAGGGGUUGGAAGGUCAAGGCCAAGGGCUUAUGGAGUAGUCUUUAAAGAUACGUUCGGGAAAAAGCAUGUGGCCUAUCUAAAAGGUAGAAAGAAGGAUGAAAUCAUAUUGUCUGCUGGGGCUCUUGGAAGCCCACAACUUUUGAUGUUGAGUGGCAUUGGUCCCAAAGACCAACUUGAUGCCCAUAACAUCAAAGUUGUUCUUGAACAACCCUUUGUUGGUCAAGAUAUGGCAGAUAAUCCGCUAAACGUACUCUUCAUCCCUUCUCCGAUCGUUGUUGAGCCAUCUUUACUAGUCCAAGUUGUGGGCAUUACUUCAUUCGGUAGCUAUAUUGAAGCAAGUGGUGGCUUUGAUAUUCUCUUCGCAAAUCUUUCAGUCUAUCAGGGUUAUACACCUGAGAAGGGGGGAUUCAUAUAUGAAAAGGUUAAUGGCCCUUUAUCUAAGGGUAACCUAAAGAUUGUCAAUCGUAAUCCAACUGACAACCCAUCAGUAACAUUCAACUACUUAACCGAACCUGAAGACUUGCAGAAAUGCGUGAAGGGGAUCGAAACCAUCCUAAAAACAGCUAAUUCAAAAGCAUUCUCAAAGUACAAGCUCCCCAAUAUGACAGACCAAGAUAUUCUCGAUCUCAACAUGAAACUACCCUACAACAUGAUUCCACAUGGCAAUACAAGUACCUCGUUAAAACAACAUUGCAAGGACACUGUAAGAACUAUAUGGCAUUAUCACGGCGGGUGUCACAUCGGAAAGGUUGUUGAUGAUGAAUAUAAGGUUCUUGGUGUCGAUUCUCUUCGUGUCAUUGAUGGGUCGACUUUACUUAACUCUCCGGGAACUAAUCCUCAAGCUAGCUUGUUGAUGCUCGGAAGGUACCUUAUAUUGAAAUUCAAAAUAUUACCUAUGUUUCGGACCAACAUUUUCUUCGGAAGGAAAUGGUCAUUUCCAAUGAAUUUCUGAUAAAA